UAUGAACUGACACACACACAUGAUUUCAACAGUCGACUUCACACACACACAGACAAAUGUGAACACAACACUAAACUACGACGCAAACAUAAAAAACUACAACUUCACAUACAAAAAUGCUACGGAAAACGAUACGUUCGGAAAAAAUGGAUUAUACGAUUCGGACUUCGAGUUCGGAAAUUCUUCAUUUCAAAAUUCGAAUCUUAUCAAUUCUACAUUCGAAAAUUCGAACCUCACCGAUUCUGCGUUCGAAAUGCCGAACGAUAACUUCACGGAGUACGCUGAGGUCCCGUAUUACAUAAAGGCGACGUCGAUGACCUUUUGCAUAGUGAUUAUGUGUCUAGGCGUGAUCGGAAACGUUAUGGUGCCAAUAGUGAUACUGAAGACGAAAGAUAUGAGGAACUCUACGAACAUAUUUCUGGUGAACCUGAGUAUUGCCGACUUGAUGGUGUUGCUUGUGUGUACUCCUACGGUGUUAGUCGAGGUGAACUCGAAGCCGGAGACUUGGGUGCUCGGCAAGGAACUCUGUCUAGCAGUCCCCUUCGUGGAGCUGACGGUCACACACGCGUCAGUACUGACCAUCCUCGCCAUCAGCUUCGAGAGAUACUACGCCAUCUGCGAGCCACUGAGAGCUGGAUACGUCUGCACAAAAACUCGGGCGACGCUCAUCUGCGCGCUCGUGUGGUUCUUCGCGGCUCUGUUUACUAGUCCGAUCCUGGGAGUGGCAAAAUUCACCUAUGAAAAGUAUUCAGAUGGCACCGAAGUUCCUGUGUGCCUCACCCAAGCCGACACCUUCUGGUCUGCCCUGUUCUUCAUUCUUACCAUCGCUGUCUUCUUCAUCGUGCCCCUUGGAGUUCUGCUCGUUCUCUACAGCGUCAUAGCCAAGAACCUCAUGGAGAAUCCAGCCAUCAUAGCCCAAAACAACAAGAACUCUGGCUCCGGCAACGUCGUCCGAUACAGAAAACAAGUCAUUCUCAUGUUAGGGACCGUUGUACUAUCGUUCUUCAUAUGCCUCCUACCUUUUAAAGCAUUGACACUAUGGAUCAUAAUAUUCCCACCAGAGACAAUAAUGUCAUUAGGUAUAGAUGGUUAUUACAUUCUGUUAUAUUUUUGUAGAGUUAUGCUAUAUUUAAAUUCGGCUAUUAAUCCUAUAUUGUACAACUUGAUGUCGUCUAAAUUCCGCGAGGGCUUCGUGAAGUUGUUGAAGAUCAAUAAGUUAAUGAGGUACAGUAGGAAUUUGAGGGAGACAAUGCAAAGACGAGACACAUUUAAUACAACGACGUCAACAGGAUUCUCCAGUAGUCAGAACACGUCCGAUUCCUUCUGGAGAAGGUACAGUAACCGUACAUCGUCUCAGAAGAUAAUAUUGAAUAAAGAAAGGUUACAAGACACAGAAAGGAAACAGAGUCUUAAGAUCGGAGAGAUUGUUAACGUAGAGAACACACGUAGAAAUAGUAUGAAAGUAAUAGCUGCUUUGAACGAAAGCAUUGAAGCAGUGGACGAAGCGUCAGAGUAUACGGAACACAAUAAACAAAUACAUAUAUUAAAUUUAGACAAAAAGACGAAUAGCGUUUAUUCAAUAACUUUAGAUGUAAAUAAUGAAGGCGGAAAUAGGUUCAUGUGCAUCCCGCAAGAUGCUGAAUAUAAAAAUAAUAUAUACAUAUGUAACUAUAAUGCUAAGGAGAGUUUUGUUUGAUUUCAGAACAAUUGGAGUGGAACUUCUGAAGAUUAAAUUACGAAAAAAUCUGAUAUUAAUGAUUAUUGCCUAUAAUGUCAUGUUUCGGGGCCAUGGUUUUUGUUAAAUGGAAAGCGAUUGAUAGUAACCUCUUUUAAUUUUGGGUUACAUUAAACUAAACAUCAAUUUCAGUUAGUUCGUUUGUAAGAUCAGAUUUUUGCAAAAUUACUCCGUCAUACUAAGACCAAAAUAUACAUAAUUAAGGUCACAUCGAAGGUAUUGCAGACAGAUAAAUAAUAUUCCAAAUAUUUAAUUUCGGUGGUAAAGUGGAUUAGUCUGAUUGGAUAGGCAAACACUGUCGUCACGGUUCAAAUUGGAUAGCUCGAGUGGCAGUGGGCCGGCUACAUUUACUUAAUAACUGAUAACGGCUUUUACCCCGUCUGAUCUAAUAAUAACUUUAAAUUAUAAAAUAUCAGAUAUUUGGAGCAUUUUUAGUAAAUUCGAAUAAAAUAUCUUGAAACAGUUUUAGAAGCUUAAGAGACUAUUAAUUGAUUUCGUAAUUAGAUAGAAAUGAAUAUGCAUGAAAAUAUACUACGCUCUAUCAAUCACGGUUAAAGACAUGAACCACACAGCACGAUUGGCAGAGACUAUUCAAUUUAAAAUUAUCUUUUUUAUUAAUAUACUUACUCAAUAUUGGUAAUAAUACAUACAUAGUAUCGCGUCUCAAUCCCAUAGGGGUAGGGGUAGGCUAUGGAUUGCCACCUUACACGAUUCUGGCAUACUUCUUUCGCUUCCUCCACCUUCAUCAAUCUUUUCAUGCAUUUUGGUAUUAAAAUAAUAUUAACUAUUAUGUACUUGCUAUCUUAUAAAACAUUUUCUUUAGAAGUUCCAUCCCAAUAUCUAUUUUAAUAUAUUAUCACGUUUCUGAAUGCAUUUAUUUUUUGUAGUACACAUUUUAUACAUUUCUAGUUUUCGAUAAAACCUUUAUGUGAAAAUAGACCAACGUUUAAAUACUGUGAUGUUUUGAUGAGAAAAUAUUAAGAGAAACAUUUUUGAAUCUUAUUCACAUAAUUUACAGUAAAGCAAGACUUGCUGUUCUGCCAACGUAUAAAUUUACAACACGAUACAUAUCUGGUACAGGCAAAUCCUAGCCAACAUAGAUUGCACCGAACUAUGACGUAAUUCUUGUUAACAUAGCCUACAUCGCGUGAGUUGAUCGCCAGCUACAAUACAAGUCCUCUACGGGACAGACUGUUUUCAAUUAGACUUGUCUAUCCUUUAUUUGAAUAACAUACAUAAUUGGUUCUUUUAUUGACAUUGUAUGACAAAUAAUAAUGGGUGUUUAGUUCUUACUACCCGCGUCAUUUAAUUUCGGGUACUCAAUAUUAGGUGACUACGUACAUCAGCUAAGUAAAAGCAGCUUAGAUUAUAAUAUUUACAACAACGAAUUGUUAGCUUAACAUGGAUUUGUGAAAUAGGAUUUAAGAUUUCAUUCCAUCCACAUUCUCCUAUUUGAAAUUCGAACAGUCAUGUCACGGAAAAUUCCGCCAUUUGAAAUUCGAACACACGUCACUUCAGUAUACAGUCGGUAUAUAGUCGGUACUCACACUAUUUUUCUACCUACAAUAAAGUCGCACUAGCCACUACGAUUACGAGCAUGAAUUGGUAUGAACUACAAACUAUACAUUUACUUACAUUCCUUUGAAAGAACGCAUUUACGUCAAAACAUCACAGCGUGUUCCAAUAUAUUUCUAAUAUUUUAUCAUAGUUUAAGAGAAUGACAAUAACAUUUGAUUUGAACAACAAUCGAAAUCUUAACUGCUAAGUUUAUAUUAGAUCAAUGUACAGACCAAGCUGAGACAAUUUAGUAUAAGUUAAUUUUGGAGUAUAUGAAAUGUUCUUGGAAAAUAUCUUUUUAUAGACAAAAGAACUUUUACUUUACAUCCUAGUUCAGCGUAGUUAUCAAGUCUUUUACGUUUAACAUUAAUUCCACAAUAAAAUUGACGUAAAUGAAGAACAAAGAAGUUUAUUAGUUUUUAGUAAAUUAUAGUAUCUAUUAAGAUAUUUCGGAAUAAAACAUCUUUUUAACAUAAUCGUUUACUUUCUUCAUGAGCAGUCAUAACUUUUGUUAACAGAUAUAGAGAGAUAUAUUUACGUAGCACAGAAUUCUAAUUCACUUUAUUUGUCGGAAGCACGUUUGGUAGACGGGUGGGGUUUAAAACUAACAUUUUUGUGAAAGGGUACGGUAUUUUUAGAGUAUCGCGUCGGCUAAAAAUGUGGACGUUUACUGUAAAAGCCUUGUCCAUUAUUUGCAGCUGAGUUUAAAUGAAACCAAAGUGAACAUUGGCAAAAUGAGCAAAACGAUUGUGCCUAAUAACGAUGUACUUGCUUUUUAUUGGAUGAAAAUAAAAACAAUUUUUAUAAUUCAAAAAGGAAAGAUAUUCUUGGUUAAAAUUUUAUGUCCCUUUGUAAGGAUAGUAUAAUGUUUGAGGCCUGAACCGAUAUAAAUAAUUUUUAUUUUUAAGUUGUUCGUGUAAGGUAUAAUAUCUUGAUUUUAAUUUAUAACUAUACAAUUGUUUACACAUAAAUUCAUUCUAUUUAACUUCCGCUAACCAAAUAAAAAAGCUAACUAUACACUGCCAGAAUCAAGUACUAUCAACAAAACACAAUUCGUAUACUCCAAAAAUAGUAUAAGAAUGCCGGGUAUAGACUAAGUGAACGAGCGCGAACGAACGCUAAUGAACGAACGCGAAUUAGUAUGUAAAAACGAUUCACAGAAGGUGUCUCAGUUGCGAGCAUGCGGACCCGAGCGUUGAAAAUCAUUCGUUCGCGUUCGCUCGCGCUCUUUCGUUUCGUACGCACCCUGUAUUAAAGAAUAUAAAAAAUAUAUUUACGAAAAUGUAUGAAUGUGUUAAUAAAUAUGUAGAAAUUAAGUAAGUAUGUACUUAAUAAAUA